AUGGGUCAACAAGUCUCAACACAGGGGACCACACCUUACAGCGUGUCUAUUCCGGGACACGGAACCUUGACCGGUUACACUUUCAAUUCGCCUAGAACAGGCAAUACCUCCGUUCAUCGAUUUGCAAAGGUCCCUUUUGCCAAGCCCAGCACUCCCGAGAACAGAUUCAAGCUCCCUGAGCCUCUUCCUUCAGACUAUGAUUAUACUGGGGAUUAUAAGGAAUUUGGUCUCAAAUGUCCUCAGCCUUCGGUUCCUCACCCUCAAUUUAGAUAUACCAAGUCGCCAACCGAGGAAAACAUCUUGUACUCCAAUAUCUGGGUUCCUGCUUCGGACAAGUACAAGCCAAAAGAUGGAUGGCCAGUUUUAAUCUACAUCCACGGUGGGUUUCUUCAGUAUUCUACGCCAAACAAUGAGAUGUUCAAUGUCCACGAGAUGUUGGACGACGAAGACUUCACUCAGAAGUUUAUCUUAGUGGCGCCCGGGUACAGACUCAACAUGUUCGGGUUCCUGUCAUCCAAAGAGCUGCUGGAGGAGGACGAAAAGUGCUCUAAUCAGGGAUUUUGGGACCAGAGACUGGCGAUUGAAUGGACAUACAAGAACAUCAAGCACUUUGGAGGAAACCCAGACAAGAUCACAGUUGGAGGCAUUUCCGCCGGAGCAUACUCCGCGUUCUUCCAACUUGCCUAUGAACUGUACCAUCCGGAGGCUGAGCAGAUUAUCAAGCAGGCCAUGUUCUUCUCUAACAUGGUCUACGUUCAACCGAAGACAAUUGCUGAAGUGCAGAAUCAGUUUGACGAAAUAAUUGACAAGUUGGGCAUCGAUCCGAAUGCAUCAUCUGCAGAAAAGUUACAAAAGCUGAGAUCUCUAGAUACUGGUUUUAUUGAAGAUUUCAUUCCCACUCUUUCAUUGCAUACCUUCAGAGCAGUCACCGAUGGUCAUUUUAUUUCGCCAAAUCUCAUCAGGGACAUUCGUUCAGGAAAGCACGCCAAACUGCUUUCCGAGAAAGGAGUUAGAAUACUAAUUGGUGAGGUUGACAAUGAGCUGGUCAAGUAUUCCUACCUCAAUACCCCCCAGACUGUUUCAGAACUUCCUCUUCAAGUUGAGAACUACUAUCCAAAAAUUGUGGUUCCUACUCUGAUGGAUUUAUACGGCGCUGAAAAGCUCGAUGAGAAUUCCCCAGACUUCAAAGAGGACCUGAGAAAAGUUUAUGGUGCGAUCAUUUCUGACGGUCAAGUCUAUGCCUCCGCCAGAGGAUACAUCAACUCUCUGGUUCAAAAUGGAUAUCCGGAAAACCACAUUUACAGAUACAGAAUUAGCUUCCGUGCUAAAUGGCUCGACCAACACAUCAGUCCGGACUUGAACGUUCCUCAUGCAUGCGACGCACAUCUGUGGUUCUACUGCCUCAGAGAGGGGUAUACAGAAUCCGAAAGGCUUGUGAUUAAUAAAUGGUUGCAACCAUAUCUUCAGUUUGUGAACUUUGAACAGGACAUCGCAGAGUGGCCAUCCUCUGAUGCCAAAAAAAUCAGACUUCUCAAAAGAGACGGCCAGGCGGAGUACGUUGAGGAUCCAGAUUGGGACUGGGGAGUCAAGGUUGCAACAGCAGUUUAUGAUAAGCAGAUCGAGUGCCCAACAUAG